GACUCCCCACCCUGCACAAAGAGCUGAAGUUGUUGCCCAGCCCAGACUUCCAGGGCUGGUUCCAGGGCUUGGAGGUCUGAGUGACUGGGGACAGUAACUUCCUCCCACCACGAGGGUCCCUACCCGCACUCCCCGCUUUAAGCGAGACUGCUGCUCUGGCCAUCCUGAGCAGGAUGGUGGUGGCCAGUGUCUGAGUAGGGAGAGCCCAGGCAGUGGGACCCAGCCUGUGUGCCCGGGCACCUGGGAAUUCCUGAGAGAGCUGGGUGGUGUUCCUGGCACUGCCGUCUGCCCCCACCAAGGGGCCCUGGGAGGGGGGCUCCUCUCCCUGGUGUGCCCCCUUAAGCACAUGCUCUCUCGGUCCUGGGGAGAGAGGAGAAAAUGAGAUCUCCACAAUACCCCCGUGGAACCACAUCCAGAACACCCACAGAGCCACCGUGGGAUCUGCUAAGGCGAGGGUGCUCAGUCCCUGACACCAGCACAGUCCGUGCCCGCCCAUGUGGGAGCGAAGGGUCCUCCUUUCUUUGCAAUCCAUCUUGGCCGUACAAGGCAGGGAGGAGGGGGCAGCUGCGCCCAGAUGUGACUUAAGGGGUUAAAUGACCUCGGAGCCCGGUGAGGUUGAGGAUGAGGUUCAGGUGGUCAGUCCUCCCCCCUCGCUCACCUAGUGGUCUUGGGUGAGCUCUUUAACCUCCCAGCCCACUUUUCUUCUUGGGGAAAACAGGGGAAUGGUAGCGCCUCCUUCACUGUGAAGGUUAGUCCCGGGGUCUUUGGCCCCGGGGUUGGGCGGUGUCCCAGUAAACACUGUGUGCACCAGUCAAGCCUUUCUUAUUGUUGAUAACAACGGUAUCGCAGCUGCUGCAGGCACUCUGGGGACGCCUCCAGAUAGUAUAUUCUGGAGGAUUUGGGAUUUCAGGGCCAACAAAGCCCCAACCAAAUGUCAGAGGCUGUGUGUGUUGGGAGAUAUUUCACGAUCACAGCCCACCAGCCCACACUGUGCACAGGCAGCCCCCCACACAUGUGCCCCUCAGCCCGUGCAGAUGUGCAGCCCCUGGGGGGUGAGAACUCCGUCCUCACAAUCCCUAUGGGGAUUGGGGGCCCAAGACCAGAUGUGUCUUGGAUUUUGAGCAAUUUUAAAACAAAUGACUUUGGAGAGUCACAGUUCCUCACUUGAGGACUGAUCAGCCUCCGAGCUCCAGCCUUGGAGGAGGCCAACCCAGGAUGGGGGGAGCCGUCAGGAGUCUGGGCACAUUCUGCCCCCUGGAACCAGGGUCAUGAAGUGCCGGAACCAACCCUGCUCCAUGCCUCCCUCCUGCCUUUGGAGCCAGGAGAGGCAGAGGGGCCUGGGAGCCCUGGAUCCUGAGGAACGAAGGGGCAGAGACAGCCCGUCCUCGUGGAUGCUCCAGGCCAGGUCAGAAGCUAGGAAAUCCACUCCCCCUGGGACCACUGACCGUAUUGCAAGAGCUCUGUUCUCUUGUCAUCUUCCCUGCUUUGUGCCUUUGCCCCAGCGUAAGGGGUCUAUGCUGCAUCUAGAGGGACAUUCGUGUGUAGCCAGGCUUGGCAGACAAUAGGAAGUGGAACUCAAAACCUGUGUUUCUGGCCUUUAAAAAAAAUCACUGGAAGAGGAUUGUUCAGAAAAGUGUGUCCUUGUGGAUCUGCUCCUCCCCACACCUACCCCAACCAACCAACCCCCCGAAGGAGAGCAAAGGAAGCCAGGUGGGGAAGCCAGAGUUGGCAGCUCUGUGCACCUGUUGGGGGUGCAUUCCCACCGUCAGCCUCUCCAGGGACUCAGAGGCAGGACCCUGCAGAGAUACCGGUGAGCAUGUGCACAGGUGAGCCUUGCCAGGUCGGGCCGGGUCGGCGAUGGCAGUGAGUGCAUGCGACCCACAGCCAGCUUCGCCAAACCCAGGGGCGCACGCAGGCAGAGGCGCAGCACACACAGUGCAUCUGUGCGCACACACCUGCGCCCUCACAGACGCGCCCACGCUCCCGCAGGCACACACAGGCACAUGCAGGCACAUGCAUGCACACGAGAUCACAUUGCGGAGCACAGCCCCCCAGAGGAGCGCACGCCCCCGCAUGGUUAUCCCGCGGUGUUCCCCCAAGGUGCAACCUCCAGAGCAGGCCAGAGCUGUGUGGCUUACUGGAGUUGCGGGAAGGGGUCCGAGCCAAGGCAGUUUGGGCAAGGCCUGGGGGCGGCUCCCGCCGCGCGCUCGGGUCAGCCUCCCCUUUAAAAAACCCGCCCGCGGAGGAGGCGGAUGUAAGGGCGGCCCGGCCAAUGGCAGCUGCGCGCCUCGGGAGACUUGCAGACGUGAGCCAGAGCGAGUGACAGAGCCGGUUCCGACGGAUCGACGGACGGAGGGCCAGACGGCUGCCGAGGCUCACUCGCUGCCACCUACCAGCCCCCGGCCCCGCACUCCAGCCCCAGCGCGAUGCGCGGCCCCGGCGGCGGGGCACUGGCGAAUACUGCGCCGGGACCCGCGCGCCCGGGUCCCUAGCGUCCCGUGCCGCCGCCCUACCUCGGGGAGGGCCGCGGAAACCCGGGCCUCAGCUGGCUCAGGCGCCCUGCCCGCGCGCGGGGCCUGGCCAGCCCUGCCAGGAGUGCCGGCCCACCAUGCUCCUGCUGUCGCCGCGCGGCGCGCUCCUCUCCGUCUAUUGCCCGCAGAUCUUUCUCAUCUUGUCCAGCGGCAGCUACCUAGCGCUGUCGUCUGUCGUGGCCCUGGGAGCCAACAUCAUCUGCAACAAGAUCCCUGGUCUGGCCCCGCGGCAGCGCGCCAUCUGCCAGAGCCGGCCCGAUGCCAUCAUCGUGAUCGGGGAGGGGGCGCAGAUGGGCAUCAACGAGUGCCAGUACCAGUUCCGCUUCGGACGCUGGAACUGCUCUGCCCUCGGUGAGAAGACUGUCUUCGGGCAAGAGCUCCGAGUAGGGAGCCGCGAGGCCGCGUUCACCUACGCCAUCACCGCGGCCGGCGUGGCCCACGCCGUCACUGCCGCCUGCAGCCAGGGCAACCUGAGCAACUGCGGCUGCGACCGCGAGAAGCAAGGUUACUACAACCAGGCCGAGGGCUGGAAGUGGGGCGGCUGCUCCGCCGACGUGCGCUACGGCAUCGACUUCUCCCGGCGCUUCGUGGACGCCCGUGAGAUCAAGAAGAACGCGCGGCGCCUCAUGAACCUGCACAACAACGAGGCGGGCAGGAAGGUCCUGGAGGAGCGCAUGAAGCUGGAGUGCAAGUGCCACGGUGUGUCGGGCUCCUGCACCACCAAGACGUGCUGGACCACACUGCCCAAGUUCCGAGAGGUGGGUCACCUGCUCAAGGAGAAGUAUAACGCGGCCGUGCAGGUGGAGGUGGUGCGGGCCAGCCGCCUGCGGCAGCCCACCUUCCUGCGCAUCAAGCAGCUGCGCAGCUACCAGAAGCCCAUGGAGACGGACCUGGUGUACAUCGAGAAGUCGCCGAACUACUGCGAGGAGGACGCGGCCACCGGCAGCGUGGGCACGCAGGGCCGCCUGUGCAACCGCACGUCGCCCGGCGCGGACGGCUGCGACACCAUGUGCUGCGGCCGCGGCUACAACACCCACCAGUACACCAAGGUCUGGCAGUGCAACUGCAAGUUCCACUGGUGCUGCUUCGUCAAGUGCAACACCUGCAGCGAGCGCACGGAGGUCUUCACCUGCAAGUGAGCGGCGGGCGGCCCGCAGGCGGCAGCCCCGCCCGCGGCGUCUGCACAUGGGCUCGGGGCGCCUUCCCUGCGCUGCCUCGGCUGCGGCCAGAGGUGGCCGGAGGAGGUGAGGGCUCCGGACGCAGGAGGGCUCCCGCCGGGCUCCUCAUCCUCUCCCUGUCCCUGGGGGCUGCCUCCUGCCAUUGCCGUCACUUCCUGUGGCAGAACAGUGCCCACGACCCGGCAGAGAGGGCAAGGCCAACGGCACUGGUGUCCUUGCCCGGGGCCCAGGGAAUUCCUUUUCUUUUCUCCGGGGAAAGUGAACCUCAAGGACACACAUAUCCCCAGAAAGCAAAGUGACAAGACUCUGAGUGUCCCCCUCCCCCACCUGGUGGCACGGACAGGGGAAUGCCAUGCCGGCCUGCCCCACCGGAGACUAUUUCCCAGGCCAUAUCAGCCACUGGGCCCUGGGGCUAUCUGGGCAGAUGUUGUCGAAAAUUAUUUAUGUUUUCUUAGUAUCAGAGGAGGAUUCUUAGCACGAAGGCGCAGCCAGCCCUGACUGCGUGCUCCGUGUCGGCGCGUCCCCUCUCUGCCCUCCGCUCCCUCUCCGGGACCUGCGGGAGCAUCCCGGUGCACGGCACCCUCCUGGCCCCGCCCCGGGGGAGCUGGCUGUGUGAGUGUGGACCCCAGGGGAGCUGGGCAAGGGCUUGGCAACUAGUACGGCCCCAGGAGGGCUGCCGAGGGGAGCCCCGACAGGGGUCUCCGGUCCCCUCUUCUUUUCAAAAAUCAUAUCAAUCAAAUCAAAACGUCUCCCACGUCAGGUUCCAGGAGCACUUCGUCCCCUCCCUCAUGCUGUUGCCCUCCCAGCGCCUUGCCAGCCUGAUGCCCCCCAGUUUACAGAGCCCCCCCCCACCCUGGAGCCAGCUGGACCCCAAGAGAGCAUUGUGCGGGGAGUGGGCAGGGGGUAGUUCAGGGUGUUUGCUUCAUUUGACGCAUGAGGACACUGAGACUCGGGAGGGAGCACUAGCCAGAGACCCCGAGGCCACGAGUGGAGCUCCUGACUUGGCUCAGGUGUCCUGUGCCCCAGCCCAGGGCUCCUGGCCCUGGAGGGAAAGCUCUGGGAAUGCCGGGCGUGGUGUGGGGCGGCCCCCAUACCCCUGCCCCUGCUGCCAGCCUCACUGGGGUCUGCACCCCCCACCCAGAGGUGCCUUCAAGGGUCUCUCGGUGGCCUCCUUGGCCAGUUCUGGCCCUUUCACCCUGACCCUGAUGCUAAGGAUCCAGGGAGUCCCUCUGCCAGUACCCCGUCUGCUCUCCCAGCAGAUGCCUGUCCCCCCAGGCUUCCCACACCAUGCAGACCCCCCCUUGAAGUCCAACUCACCCUGAAACCUGGGAGACAGGAAAGGGAAGGGGUCCAGGGCAGCUCUAAACUAGGUUUGGGGUGAGGGAGAUGGGAAACGAGGUGCUCAGGGCCGGAUGCGUCUUCUGCCAAUGCUCCCGCCCCUCCCUGGAGAGGCACAGAGGCAGCGACCUGCCAGAAAGCACGGCGUGCAGCUGGCUUCUACCAGUUGGGGUAAGUGGGGGUGCACCCUCCACUGCCCACAUGCUCCCCACCCUGAAUUUAGGGUAUUUUGCAGAAACUCGUGGAAAUGUGUGUCCUCAGGCAACUGACCAGCCAGGUGGGCUGGAUAUUAGCCUGGGGCGAGGGACACUGUCUGGGCCCUGGUGUCCGCCCUCUGUGCCCCCGAUGACGCCAGGAUGCUCCAUUAGCUGCUGCCCUGGGAAAUCCCAGGCUGACGUGAACGCCCCCACUGCGCACCCCUGCCCCCACGUCCACAGGCCCGGCGUCUUCUGCCAAGGAACCUGGUUAACUUAUGUUGUUAUAUAGUGUCAAAAUGUCUAUAGUGUCUUUUAAAUUAUUGUGACCUACACUGGGUACUGGGGAGGGGGGAUGGCCGCGUGCUGUCCGCUGAGACAGGCUCCUCCUUCUGCUUGAAACAGACUCUUGGGGCCCCUGACACCACCGAGUCAUACGCACUGUCCCUCCGUGCCACGUGCCCCCACCGAGACCCCGCCCUCCCUGUCAGCAUUGCCCUUCCCUCGGGGGGGAAGGGGGUCAGUGUGGCCCAAGCAGGGGCGGGGGCGGCCGAGGCGAGGCGCUGUGUGACCCUGCGGUGCCCCCACUUCAGGAGAGCCGGGGGGUUUCUGACAGGCCGUGUCUGGCGUCCCUGGAGGGGAGCGUUGGCUCCAAUAAAGCUGGAGUCAGAGACGUGA